UUUUUUACCAUUACUAGUAAUCAGAAUCAGUGACACCUACACAAGCAACCAAACUAGGCUCCGCUUAACGACGUCAGUGGUCGUAUUAUCACAGGGUACCUCUACGCUAAGUCGUUGGCUUCGCCGUCGUUGGACAGCACCGUCCACCGUUCAGACCAAUUGAUUACCAUUCAUUGCAUCCAUUCAUCCCAUCCGUUGUUUCAGUCCCGUCUUGUGACUGUGUCCUUCAAUGAUCGAAAGCGAACCCCGCGGCUUUGGCAGGAGAGCUGAGCGAGUCGUACCGGAACUGCAAGGUCACCAUCAGCAUCAGCCUCAACCUCAAGAGCAGAACGCCCAAGACCAACAGCAGGUUCGACAACUCGACAUCAGCGACAACGGCGACGAAAGUAACAGCGUAGCACCUGCCCGUGAGCCGGCACCAACAACCGCGGAGGAGGACGCCCGAGUCAUCCGUGUCAGCGAGACCACUACGAAUACCGUCAGUGAGACGGCCUCAGGAGCGACACCCGCUUCCAGCGACAACCGUAACAACACCAACAUCACCACCAACCCAAACAACAAUAUGGGUCUCGCCUACAAUGUCUACCUCAACAGCGGCAAGAUUUAUGGGUGCAGGAACUGCAAGACCCAUUUGGCUAAUCAUGAGGACAUCAUCAGUAGGAACUUCAGAGGCCAACACGGAAAGGCCUACCUCUUCAACUCGGUCGUCAACGUCGAGACCGGUGAACCCAGCGAGCGCAACAUGACGACGGGCCGCCACGUCGUCCGGGACAUCCACUGCCGCCAAUGCAAAGAGGUGGUUGGAUGGAAGUACGAUCGAGCCUAUGAGCCCAGCGAGAAGUACAAGGAGGGCAAGUUCAUUUUGGAGGCCGAAUUGCUUGCCAAUGUGAACUAGGUUUGCCAUGACCUGGUCUGAUGACGGUGUACGAUGCCUUGGAGCUUGCACUGCAUUGCAUUGCUGCCGUGCAUUGCUAUGCUUGAACUUGGAGUGCUGGGGCGCUUAAUGGACCAUGAUGGUUCAGGGGUUG